UUGGUUUCAAGUGGGGGGACGAUGUCGUUUCACCGAGAUUUGUGUUCGAGUCUUGUUCUGCUUCAGUCGGGUGCCUGAAACGGGUAGGGUUUUGUUGUUGUACGUGAGCAAGAAUUCUCUGAAAGAACGGAGGUAACGGUUUCGUUGACGUUGAUCCUUUCUAUAUCUACUGUAAAUAUAAUCAGGAUUGUUGAAUUCUCCUUACAAGGUUUGUGUGAAAGAAUUCUAGAAAUGGAGAACACUUGCGAAGAGAUGGAAUCUGAGGUUUCUAUGACAGAGGUUUUUGAGUUACCAGGAGAGCCUGCUGUGGUUAUCAAUGGAGUGCCUGAGAUAUCCCCAGGCGAAAAUGUGUGUGUUUUUCCUGAUGUGGUGAGUGACACAAAAUCACCAGGAGAUGCAGGUUUCGGUGAAUGGUUGGAAGGGAGGGAAGUUCGAAAGCUGUUCGGGGAGCAAUAUUAUUCUGGUACUGUGAUCCAGUUUGAUAAGGAAAGUGGUUGGUACAGGGUGGUGUAUGAAGAUGGUGAUUCUGAAGAUCUUGACUGGGCUGAAUUGGAAGAGGUGCUUUUGCCUCUAGACAUUUCAGUACCAUUGAAAGCAUUGGCAAUGAAAAUCAUUAAGAAGAACCAAAAACCUAUUGAUAUUUCUGAAAGCAGUUCAGCUCCAUCGCAAAAACAAAAGACCAAAAAAAUGGGAACUAAGGGAAAGAAAGUUGAUGCACAAGAAGCUGCAGUUAUGAACAUAGCUAGUUCAUAGGAGAUGAGUGAAUAAAAAGCACCAUUCCAAAAGCUGAUUCAUACAACCCAGAAGCACUGGAUCGACAGAAGAAAGGCAACCUACAGAAUAUUUGUCUUCAAAGUCACAGAGAUGACCUCAAAACUACAAUGUGGAUCUCAGAAGAAGUCUAGAUUUCUAAAGCCAGUUUGCUAGGUAAAUUUAAAGCUGGAAAUGCUAUAUUCUUAGUUAUUCAUGUUUUUGUUGCGUUUAAAACUUGUUACAUAUGUAAUGUCAAACAAAACAAAGACACUCUGUAUCCAACCAACGUCACAUCAUUGUAAAAAUUGAUGAUUGUUGUGAUGGAAAAGCUUUUAAUUCAUUUCCUCUUUGCAAUA